GCCGGGGCCGGGAGGGGCGGGGCGGAGGGCGGGCGGGCGCGGGCCUGGCGGUGAUGGCGGACGGCGGGGAUGGGCGGCUAAGGACCGCGGGGAGCGGCGGGCACGGCGGCGCGGGGCGGUCGGUGGGCGGCGGGAUGUUGCUGUACGCGGGGCUGCUGGCGCUGGCGCUGUUGGCCGCCUACUGCCUGUACCUGCGCUGGAGGAAGCGGAGCGGGCCGGGGGACGCGGCCCAGCCGAGCCAGGCCGCCCCGCUGCCGCGGAUGAAGCGGCGGGAUUUCUCGCUGGAGCAGCUGCGCGAGUUCGACGGGAUCCGCAACCCCCGCAUCCUCCUGGCGGUCAACGGCAAAGUCUUCGACGUGACCAAAGGCAGCAAGUUCUACGGGCCCGAGGGUCCAUACGGAAUUUUUGCUGGCAGAGAUGCCUCCAGGGGACUAGCAACAUUCUGUCUAGAUAAAGAUGCACUCAGAGAUGAAUACGAUGACCUAUCAGACUUAAAUGCUGUACAGAUGGAAAGUGUAAGAGAGUGGGAAAUGCAAUUUAAAGAAAAAUACGACUACGUAGGUAGACUCCUAAAACCAGGGGAAGAACCAUCAGAAUACACAGACGAGGAAGAUACCAAGGAUCACACUAAACAGGAAUGAACUUUGUAAACAACCAAAGUCAGGGGCCUUCGGAACUGCAACCUCUUAUUCCCCAUCACAGAAUGUCCUGCAUCUUUGGGUACAGUUCAUCUGCUGCGAAAAACAUUCAACAGGUUUUGUACAAGGAAAACAAUAAAGUCACAACCGAAGAUUUGAAUACUAGACAUUAUUCGUGCUGCCAAACCUUUUGUUGCGGUUUAUUUGUAAUGUCUGGUAAGGCUUAGUGAAGAGGGGCCAGGGAUUUAAAGGUAAAAAUGCUAUUCCUUUUUAUCAGUAAGCUGAAGCCUUUUCAAAUAGCGUAUAUUACAGCUCUCUAAAGAUGUGAGUCUUCAAGCUCAGUGGAAGGUUUGAAACUUGUUUCAUGUUUGUCUUCUCCUUCAGCAUUAAACAGAGAUGUGCUCAUGUACAUCCGUAUCAGUAGGUUAGACUACUGACACUGGUGAUAUAAUGUGAAUUCCAAUUUUGUUUUGUACGUGGGCCUUAGUAGCCCUGGCAGAAUACUUCAGUUCUCAAAGAGAAAUCCACGUAGAUCAGGAUGGGGGUAACAUUCAUCCUUUUCUCAAAAGGAUUGGGUAAAACUAUUUCCUCUUCAACAGCUCUUAUCUGAAGCCUGCCUCCCUUCCACUCUUUUUUCCCAUCGUCUGAAUUGAAUCAAAUAUUAAUUGUGCCUUAUUUCGCUUGCAUAGACUUGAAUUGUUUUAAGGGAAAGCCCUCUUUUCAUAGUCACUACAUAGCAACAUUGAGACUGAAGUUAGAAUGUUCUGUUGACUGGAAAACCUUGAUGUCAUUCUGUGUAUAGAAUGUAAAAGAGGAAUACUCAGUGUUACUGCCAUAUGUUAAUACUACAUAUACUUAAAUUAGCAUUGUGAUGGCCAAAUGCGUACUCCCGAGCUUCUUUUUAAGUAAUUUAAAAAAAGAAAAAAAAGUCACCCUUUCUCCUCUUCCAGAAGCUGCCGACCUUCUGGGAGCACAGCCUUCACACCCCUGUAGAGCAAAGGGGCGUGCGCGCGUGUGUCUGUGUGCGUGUCUGUCUGAAUGCAAGACUUGAGAAGGAUUGUUUCUGCAGAUAUUGUAAAUAUGAGUACCAUUUUAAUAAAGCAUGUACAAUACCAAA